GUCUUAGUCUGCCCUGGUCAGGGAAUUCAGUUCUUCGGAAGAUAUUCUUACGGCCACUUCAGUAGAUCUCUGGCCUCCGGAGUUCAGCAGAGACUUCAUUGCAGGAUCAUCAAUCUCCCUACAGAUCUGUGAAGAUGAGCUUGCAUGUCACACCCACACUCCUACAGCUUGCAAUGCAAAGCCUGCUGAGGGAUGAGGCCUUGGCCAUCUCUGCUCUGCAGGACCUGCCCAUGGAGCUCCUCCCACCACUCUUCAAAGAUGCCUUCACCCACAAACGACUUAACAUCCUGAGGAAGAUGGUGCAGGUCUGGCCUUUUCCCUGUCUCCCACUGGGUGGUCUGAUGAAGAUGAAGACACCGUACCUGGAUAUCUUACAAACCGUACUGGAUGGGAUUGAUGCACUGCUUGACCAGAAUACUCACCCCAGGAAUUACAAACUGCAAGUUCUGGAUUUGCGGGCUUUGCACAAGGACUUCUGGACCGUAUGGGCUGGAGAUACGACAACAUCUUGCGCUCCAGGGGUCAAGUGUAGGAGAAAAAUACAAAAGAGAGGUCCAAAGAUAGAAGCCAAGCAAAACUCAUUGAAAGUGUUUAUAGACCUGUACCUCAAACCAAGAGCCUUGGAUACAUGCCUGUCCUAUGUCUUCCUGUGGGCGAAAGAGAGAAAAGCUUUGUUGCAGCUUGGCUGUAAGAAGCUGAAGAUCAACACAGUAGCUAUCCAGAACAUUGUGAAGAUUCUGGAAAUGCUAGACCUGGACUAUGUGGAGGAAGUGGAAGUAUGUUGUACCUGGAAGCUGUCUACUCUGGCCAUCUUUGCUCCUUACCUGGGCCGAAUGAAAAAUCUUCUCUCGAUCAUUCUCUCUCACAUUCAUGUGCCUGCCUCUAUUACCCCAGAGGAGGAGAAGCAGCUGGUCAGCCAGUUCACCUCUCAGUUUUCCAACCUGCAGUACCUCCAGGACCUCUCCCUGGACUCCAUCGACUUCCUCAAAGGUCAAAUGGACCAGUUGUUCAGGUGCCUGGAGGUCCCCUUGGAGAUCCUCUCUAUUACUGAUUCCAAGAUGUCAGAAUCAGACUUGCAGUCCCUGUCCCAGUGUCCAGGCAUCCGACAGCUCAAACACCUGAACCUGAGUGGUGUCAUUCUGACCGACAUAAGUCCUGAGCCCCUUCGAGUCCUGCUGGAGAGAGUUGCAGCCACCCUGAAGACCCUGGACUUGGAGAACUGUAUGAUUAUGGACUCCCAGCUCGAUGUCCUCUUGCCUGCCCUGAGCCAAUGUGCUCAGCUUAUCAUGUUCAACUACUUAAGGAACCCCAUCUCGGUGGCUAUUCUGGAGCGCCUGCUCCACCACACCUCCAGGCUGAACUAUUUAAGCUUGGAGAUGUAUUCUACCCCUUGGGAGAUUUAUGGUGCCCAGGGUGCUUCCUACCAUAAGAGGCUAGAACAGCUUAGAGAGGAGCUGAGCAAGGCGAUGCAGCAUCUAGAACACAAUAGAACAGUCUGGUUCAGCGUCGCACCCUGUCUUCCUUGAGGCAACCAGGCCAUAUGAGUCAGAGCCCAAGCUUCAUCAGGCAGGGCUGUUCUCCUAACUGGGUACUUAUAUGGCAAGUGAUUCCUUCUAGCUCUUGGGAACAGAAUCCUCUGGUGUAGAUGAAUCCUUUAGAAAAUAUCAGGGUUGGGGGUGGGGUGGGGAUGGGGGAUUGGUUGAGCAGCCCAGGCAACCUCAGAAAUGUUGACCUAAAGAGUUGAUGUCCCUUGGGACAUGUGUAUUUAACAGUGAGAGAUGACGUUUCUAGAUGGAGAAACCCUUGAGGGUGUUUACUUCAUGGGUGGAGGGAAAGAAGUUACCAGUGUGGUGUUCCCCGCUUCGGGCUAUAGGGUAAACAGAAUAAACCAUGUUACAGCUUGGCAGGCCCAAGUAGCCACUGGCAGUCACCACCUUAAUCUCCAGCUCUGAGCCCUAGAGACUUUGCCCACCAGCAGUCCCAUCUAUCCAAGAAGGCUACAGUUCUGCUCAGAGGGCCGUGUCAGUGUAGAUUCUAAACAUUCUCACUGAGAGGAAUGCAAAGAGAGAUGGUGUUGUUAGGUGCUGAGGACCACCACAAACAGUGAGAAGGGAUAGGCUUAAACUUAUAAGUAGCCAACAACCAACCAUACAUCGUGCUUGAAAAUCAGUAAAGCUGACACAUAGUAAAGGAACGUAUUUGUUAGUCCUAAGGUACCUAAGUUACAACUGACCACCAAGAACAGAUUUAUCUAUCACCUGACCUUUGUUUGGUCUACAGACGACUGGCCUUAUUGCACUGUGGGUGAGCGGCUUUAUUAGUAAUACGAUACUGGGGAUUAAAUGUAGGACUUUGUGCACGCUAGGCAAAUGUUCUACCACUAUGAAUCUUUAAAUCAUUACACUGCUGUGUAUGUAGGGGAAUUUUCAGUGUUCAAAUAAAUGUGUGG